CAAUCGGAGUCGGGGACUUGUGACAAACACAGCGCAAUUGAACUUCUGCACCGACUCUCCAAUUGCAAGUGUCUCGGAUCCACUAGCAUCCCGUAUUCCUUUUGGAUUCCACCACUGCACAUGUCAGAUUUUAGUCGUGGUCUCAGGUUUAUCCGUCUGAUUGCUUCUUUGUAUGUUGCAAUCGCGGUCCUCUACACAACAACCCAUAUACUGUCUCCACUACGGACAUUGGCGAGGUCAUACAUGGCUUCCUACGAUGCGACCGCUAUCCAGGUUCAUCCAAACGCCGAGGUCGCUGGCAAGACGUCCCAGGAAAUGCUACUUUGGCCUACAUUAUCCUUGUCACCCGAACAUACGACUGGGACAACAGAUGGAAUUCCAAUGAGCGAAGAUCUAUUUCUGUCCAAGGCAUUCUCGCAAUCCAUGCACCCUCUUCAAGUGGUCCCCUACUACUAUAGAGCUUCAGGUACAUUCGAGCAGGACGAUAUUACCAUCACCACUCUAGUCACAUUCAACCGAUUCAAGGUCUUUUCUGAGCUGGUGAAGCAUUACCAAGGUCCGAUUUCGGCAACCGUCCAUGUCAAACCUAGUGCAACACACGCCCUUUUGGAUGCUUUGCAUGACCUGUAUGUGUCAACGCCCGCGAUGUCAACCUAUGUCGACAUACACCUCGUUCUCACACCCUUCGACCGUCAACUGAAUGCUUGGCGAAAUGCUGCGCGUCUAUUUGCCCGCACUGAAUUCGUCAUGAUGCUUGACGUUGACUUUGCCAUUUGUACCAACUUCCGUUCUGCCGUCAGGGCUAGUCGAGAUGCUAAGAUCGGCCGAAUGCUUAAGGAGGGAGAUGCUGCUCUGGUGGUGCCUGCGUUCGAAUAUGUGAAACAGCAAGAUGGCCUGCACCAGAAAUAUUUCCCUCGUGAUAAGAAGACGUUGCUUUCGUUGGUCAAGGCGAAGAAGAUCGACAUGUUCCACCGCUCUUGGGUUCCUGGACAUAACAGUACCGAUUAUCCACGAUUUUAUGCCGCCGCCCCUGGUGAAGUUUACAAAGUUACGCAGUACCACCCCGCAUACGAGCCUUACGUGAUCUUUAGAAAGGAAGGGCCACCAUGGUGUGAUGAACGCUUUGUUGGAUAUGGAGGGAACAAGGCCGCUUGUCUCUAUGAAAUGUUCCUCUCCGGCAUGUCGUUUUAUGUCCUCGCGGAUCACUUCCUUGUGCACCAGAGUCACCCGUACGAGGAGGAAGCACGAAAACUUGAGCGCAAGAGUAACCGCAAGUUAUAUCAAGACUUCAAAGAGGAAGUCUGCCUUCGGUACCUGAAACGCCACUACGACUCUGGAACGCUUAACACUAGCCACGGAUAUAAUGUUCAAGAGGAAUGCAAGAAAAUCAGAGGCGUAUCGAAAAUUGCUGCUCUGAUGAUGGAGGGUAGAUUGUAGUUGGCAUGUCAGUAUCGGGCGUUCUUCUACUUGUACCACGCGAGAUUGCAAUGUUAGCGACGGAAAUGAUACGUGAUAUGUCUGUGAUGAUUGUGCCCAAGCAAUUCACCUUUGCUGCAUUGUGGAUCUCAUGAUAACAAGUUCCCGAGUCUUGUCCUCCCCAACAGGGCUUGCGAUAAACCGCGUACGCUGAAAUGCUCCCCCGCAUAUUAUU